AUGCCGACGACGUGGCUCACCGGUGCAUUCCAGUGGCCCUCGUGGGCGUCUUCCUGUUGCCUGGGGCUACUCGUAUGUCUUCUGUCUCUGCACACGAUAGAGAAGCUGUUCGCUUUUGCGAACUUCCAGCGGCAGUAUCUUGUCGUCUACGGUCUCGUCAUGUUCGCCGACUGGUUGCAGGGCACGCACAUGUAUAGUUUGUACCAGAGCUACGACAUGAACGUCGGGGCACUAUUCCUAACAGGGUUCCUAUCCUCGGUGGUGUUUGGCAAUUUGGUUGGGCCGCUGGUUGACAAGUACGGACGACGCAAGGCGUGCUUGGUGUAUUGUGCUUUGGAGAUCGUUAUCAACAUUUUAGAGCAUAUACCGAUUAUGGCAGUUCUACUGGCUGGGAGAGUAAUGGGUGGGAUCUCGACGUCGCUGCUUUUCUCGGCCUUUGAGAGUUGGAUGGUCACGGAGCAUCGGCGACGGGGCUUUGCGAAUAGUCUGCUGGGAAAGACAUUCGCUCAUGGGUCUGAGAUUAAUGGUGUUGUCGCUGUAAUUGCUGGGCUUAUUGCUCAGAUUACUGCCGAUGUUUUUGGAGAUAUCGGGCCAUUUCGUGCUGUGGUUAUUGUGACGGCAAUCGCUGCUGCAUUUGUUUUCUCUUGGUCUGAGAACUAUGGAUCACCAACCAAAGAUAGUCGCGAGGAGAUCCGAAAGCUAGACAAUUCGGAAGACAGCAGAGUAACAGCUGACUCCGGUAUGCUUGCGGAUUCGUACGCAUUGGGCUGUUGCUAUUCGCUUUUUGAAGGAGCGAUGUAUGUGUUUGUAUUUUUGUGGUAUCCAACACUGGAGGCUGUCGUGCCGAGCGGUGAACUGCCAAGUGGUCUGGUGUUUUCGAGUUUUAUGCUGUGCAUAGCUAUCGGUGGCAAGCUGUUCAAUCUAGUAGACAACUCGUGUGUUCGUGAGGAACUGUUGCUCCUGGUUACUGCUACAAUUUCUUCGAUUUCUCUCCUCAUUCCUACGGUUUCGGAAAACUAUCAGUACAUCUUAGGCGGAUUUUUGGUAUUCGAGGUGUGUGUCGGACUGCUUUCCCCAUGCUGCGCAACGUUGCGAAGUAAAUAUUUCCCGAAAGCCGACUUGUGCACAACAUUAUCACUGUUUCGACUGCCAACGAACAUUUUGGUGGUCCUCGGAACUGCAGGUGCGAGCUACUUCACCAGUGAUCAGCUUUAUUACGGGUGCAGUGCGGUCCUUGUAGUAGCUACCGGAUGUGCUGCGAAACUGGUUCGGUCUUCGUCGAUCACAUCGACGCCACGAAGAAAUCGUAAGGCACAAUAA